CUUCAAAACCCUUCACUAAAAACCCUAUACCAUUUCGUAAUAAACCAAUGGCGGCACAACCCAAACGAGGCGGAGUUUCCCUACCCGAGAGGCGAUCCGCCUCCAAGCCCGAGUCCAGCAUCCUCGCCCGUAUCACUUCCUCCCCCAUCUUUUCUCGUGGUAAGCAAGCCGCAUGCGACGCCGCUUUUGCCUCCAAGAAGCUUAUCCGUAGCACCGGCAAAGCCGCCUGGAUUGCCGGAACAACCUUCUUGAUCUUAGCUGUCCCUUUGAUCAUCGAGAUGGACCGUGAGCAGCAGUUCGGUGAGCUUGAGCUGCAGCAAGCUAGUCUCCUCGGUGCCCCGUCUACUGCAUCCGCCAAUAAGUAAUCAGGUCGGAUUAGGUCAUAUCAUUUCAGAGCUUGUCGGCUUUAUCAAUUUUUGGCCCUGUUUCGGGCCAUUCCCAUCGAAAACAUUUUAGAUGUUGGUUAGUACUUAGUACUUUAAAUUUUUCCUCUUUUUGGUGUUUUAAAUUUGAAUUUCCUGUGGAAUGUUGUUCUUGGAUUUGGUUUUAUCAAGUUUAUGCUUGUGAGUUUCAUAUUACAUAAACGUUUGAAUGAAAACCAACUGGUUUUG